CCUGAGAGGCAGAACCUGCCAUCUCUAAGCGUAAUGUCCACCGCACGUUCCAUCAUCACCGUAGUGAUCCUCGCCUUUGUUAAUUUGCUCAUCUAUGCAAAUCGCUCCAGCGUGGCGGGGGUGCUGCCUUAUAUACAGAAAGCAUAUGACACCAAUGCUAGUCUGUCCGGCUUAUUGAAUACAUUGUUCAUUGGAAGCUACGUGAUGGUCGCACCAAUUGCCGGAUAUUUGGGUGACCACUAUAAUAAGAAAUAUACUGUUUGCGCAGGAGUCAUCGUUUGGCUGAGCAUGACACUUACCCUGUCAUUCAUCCCUGACGGGUACUUCCUGCUCUUCCUGCUGACGAGUGGACUGGUUGGGGCCGGAGAGGCAACUUUCUGCACCAUCGCCCCCUCCAUCAUUGCAGACCUUUUUACAAGUGACCAGCGGACCCGCAUGCUGAACGUGUUUUACUCCGUCAUACCUGUAGGCUGCGGACUAGGAUACAUCAUCGGGCCCAAAGUGACUGAUGCAGCAAGAGGCAAUUGGCACUGGGCAUUUCGGGUCACCCCUGGCCUGGGCCUCAUAGCUGUGGCUUUGAUGAUUUUGGUCACAAAGGAGCUUCCAAGAACGACUACAAACGGGAAGAAGAACAACAAAUCCCAGAAGUUUGCCAAAUGGGCGACAGAUCUGAAAAAACUAUUUAAAAAUCGAAGCUUCAUGUUAACCACCAUGGGAUCGACGGCUGUAUCCUUCAUAGUGGGAGCCAUAGGUGUAUGGGGUCCGUCAUACCUGACCCACGCACGAACACUCCUACAAGAGAAGGACCCUUGCCGUGCUGAACCGUGUGACUAUCACGACAUCCUAAUAUUUGGUGUGGUUACAGUCGUUUCCGGCAUUCUGGGAGUUGUAGCAGGGACGGAGAUAAGUAAAAGAUAUCGCAAAUCCAACCCACGGGCGGACCCGCUUGUGUGUGGAUGCGCGAUGAUGCUCUCCGCCCCUUUUCUUCUGUUGGCAUUGACUUUUGGCAACAUCAGCCUCGUUGCCACCAACAUCUUCAUCUUUAUCGGAGAGACGCUUCUGUCAGUCAAUUUCACCCUCAUAUCUGACAUUAUACUAAAAGUAGUAACUCCGUGGAGGAGAUCUUCAGCCCUGGCCGUGCAGAUGACAAUCUAUCACCUCCUAGGUGACGCCGGCAGCCCGUACCUCAUCGGCCUGAUAUCUGACACCUACGAACGAGGAUAUGCCAAAUCCCCUCUUCUGAAAUACCGCAGCCUGGAGUAUGCCCUCAUGACCUGCACCAUAAUGGCAGUCAUCGGAGGGGCCUUCUUCAUGGCCACGGCCCUAUAUAUAGAGAGGGACGAAAAAGAAGCAGAGAUGGCCACCCUAUUUUGGAUACUGAAUAAAGAUAAAGCCAUGGUUGAGUUUGUGGCACAGCAGUUGCCAAUCAUAGCUCAUAUUACAAUGACCUGCUCUAUGCAGCAGAGUGAGGAUAAGAUCCCAAAAUACCCAGUUUGUGUUUUGCCUGUGUCAAGAGUAAUCCAAGCUUAUGGCUCACCUCCAAGUGAAAUUGAAAAGAUGGUCCGUUACCUGGAGAAGAAACAAUAUAAUGGCCCAAGUGUUGGUCAAACAUACAAGGCCAAAGCCGCUGUCCUAUAG